CGAGCUAUAUAACAGAUGCCGCUAGGGGUUUUUGUUCAGAGAGUACACCUCCUAACCCUAGGUAAUUUCUUGCUUCCUGUCCGGUGUGAUUACUGUUUUUCUCUCCAGCUUUCAGUAAGUAACAGGAAGUUUGCCAUGGCGCUCCGGUGUUUAUAACAGUUAAAAAAAAAAAAGCUUGGAGAGUGCUCUCUGAAGCUCAGUGUUUCCGGUUUGCGCGUGCCGUGUUGUGGACAGCCAGGCUGCCGCCAAGAGGUCUCCCCUCUGCCGCAGUGCGCGCGAGCCCGGAGCACACACCACACACUGAGCAGAUCAAACUGAGCAUGGCUGCACUUUGCACAUCCUUCCAGUGAUCAUGCAGAAGUGGCCCCUGCUCAAACACAUGCCUUCGUAAGCAAUUCCAGCUUGCUGUUUCAUGUACUCUGAGCUGUCUUCAUUUUUUUUUUUUUUUUUUUGUUACUUUAAUGUUUAGUGAUCUGACGCAUGCUUUAGCUGUGUUUUAUUCUCAGCCAGCAGACAUGGACAUCAAAUCAUCAACAUAGAGCUUAGAAUCAUUUAAAGAUGUUGCUCUGCUGUGUGCUGAUAUUCUUCCUUGCUCAUAAAUACUUUUUAUGCUGGAAAUUUCUUUAAAAAUGUGUGAAUGAGCCUACAUCUAAUUGCAUAUCAGUAAAAUUUCAUGAUCAACCAAAUCUUGUCUUGAUACAAUUAAAAUUUCACUGAAGAUGCUUCAGAGAGACUUGGACCAGUUUUAUUUUAAUUAAAUUAAAAGUUUUACAGCACCCAAUGUGCUUUAAUGUGUUUCCACUCUAGUUAGUGGGAUUUAUAAAGAAAAUUGACGCACAUCAUAAUGACAAAUUGACAUGCAUCAAGAAACAAGCCUUUCAGAGAGCUUAAGCCCUCAAAGUUGCUAAAUUGCCUGAUAUAAAAGUGAUUCUGAAAAUGAUUGACUUCUUUGACAUUGUUCUUUCUUCCUGUAGUGGAAGAAAGGAACAGGACUAUGCCCUUGCACACUUGAUUCAGCUUGUAUGACCAGAUUAUGGUUUAAUACUAGCAUGGAGAGUGAGAUGUGUGGUUGUCUGGUCUAAAAUGCAUUAAUGAUUAACUAUCAGGUUUGGCAGGGGUUGGUGAAAGCAUUUGCUGAUCUCUAGAUGCACAGAAUUAAUUUGGCUCAUCAUUAAAACUAGUGUUUCUUGCUGGAUAGUUUUGGUUAACUACUCUAAUGCUCGGGGCUGGACAGGGGAAAUGGUGAAAUCUGUACAUUGGUGUCUAAGCAAAGGCUUUUGCUCCCUUUAAACAAAUUGCACUGUCUUUUUGGGAAAUGCUGCAUUAAAGAAAUUCACUCUGUAAUGAUCUGGUCCUUUUAUUUAUUCUUUUAUUUUAAAUAAAAAAAAAAAAAAAAUCUUAAAAUACUUUGCUUGUAGUUCCUCUCUUUGCAGGUUGCUCCACUAGAGGUCACUACCUUCUCAACAUGUAUGCCCUUUUUAUUUAUUAUUUUAAGAAAAAAAAAUCCAAUUUCUUUGCCUUUCAGAGUCUUCUUUCUCUUGACAAGACGAAGACUGGACAAAUCUGCUGGCUUUUUGAGGCAACACCUUUCAGCUUUACCAAGAAGUCUCAUUUCUGUUCAGUGUAUGAUCUCUGUUGUUAGGUUAAAUACCUACUUGAGAGUAGCCUAUAGGCCUACAAUUUAACCACAAAAUAAAGCCAACAGCUAUUUUAUUGGCUGGAAUACUUAUUUAUGGACAUUUGUGUAAUUGUGUAGUAGAACAUUUAAUCCUCAGGGCUGAAUUCUUAAUUAACUUUAAGGACUACCUAAUCAUAGCAAUGGAUUAAACUGAUUUGGAAAUCUCUUCAGGUUACAGAACCAGAAUUAAAGCAGAUUUGUUCUAAGCACAUGACCUGCAGUGGAAAUGUGGACAGUCUUCUAUGUAUCUAUGUAUCUAUCUAAUGCAUUAGCAUAAUGAAUAUUAAUACCGUGUUAUGCCUUUAGGGUAUAAACAGGGUUAAUUUAUUAGGAUAAAAUGUAAAUGUAUUAAAAUAUAAUGCACCUGUAUAAUUAUGUAAUAGAAUUUUAGAUAUAUGUAGAUAGAGUAGGCAAUGCAAUGAUGAAGCAUUAUUUGUGUACUGAAGAAAUAGCUUGUUUUUUAUUCACUGCAAUGAACUAGCCAUAAGUCAGUGAAUGCAGUUGAGGGAAGAGCGGAAAGGUUGGAUGUGAUUCGCCGGAGUCUCGCGCAGCCGAGUCUGCCCUUAACGGUGCAUUCAAACUGAACAGAGCUUCUGUGAUUAACCGAAAGCUCGUAUUUGCACGUGAAUAUUAUUCUGUAGCCGGAGCAUGCUGAGAUUGUUUUGAUCGGAUGGAGCUGCUGGUGGUGCUGGGCUGCUGAUGCGGCCUGAGCGGAUCCGCUGCUGUGAUGGCGAUGGGUAAAUGGCUGCUGUACGCCGGUCUCGCGCUUUCUCUGCUCGCUCUGUGCUUCCUCACGGUCGCGAUAUCCUCCGAUCACUGGUACGAAACGGACGCCAGGAGGUACAAAGAGCGCUGUCGGGCUUUCUCGAGCCGUCGCACCGACCCGGGCUUCAUCUACAUCCCGAGCCACAGCCUGCCGCUGCGCGAGCCGCGGCCACUGAUGCUGCGCGAGCGGAGGGAGCUGUUCGGCGCGAGCGCGGCGGACGAGUGCAAGCGCCGCUACAACUCCACCACCGUGGGGCUGUGGAGCAAAUGCUACCGGCUCGGCUUCGACCAGAACAUCGAGGAGCUCAUUAAGAAAGGGACUAUCGAGAGGUGCUCCUACAUCAAGUACUACUACACUUCGUCGACUCUGGUGCGUAAGGGUAUCUCUUACAAUAUCACCAAGACCAUUCAGCAGGACGACUGGCAUGCCUUGCAUCUGCGCCGGAUGACAGCGGCCUUCAUGGGCAUGGCUCUGUCCAUCAUCCUGUUUGGCUGGACGAUAGGACUGCUGGGCUGCUGCUGGGAUCAGGGCCUCAUGCACUACGUGGCUGGCCUGCUUUUCCUCAUGGGAGGUACGUUUUGCAUCAUCGCUCUGUGUACCUGCGUGGCUGGCAUCAAUUUUGAACUUUCCCGCUACCCACGCUACAUAUUUAGCCUCCCAGAUGACAUAAGCCACGGUUACGGCUGGUCCAUGUUCAGCGCCUGGUGUGGUUUGGGUCUGACACUUAUUGCUGGUUUCUUCUGCACUCUGGCACCUUCUAUUCAACCUCCACCACCACCUAGCCGUACCCCCUACCCCAAGUCCCGCAUGGAGAAUGGCACGGUGUGCUAAACUACUAUGGAAAGGGCAGGAGGCGUGAAAGAAUACAUGCCUUAACUGUGUGUGUUCAGAGUGACAUUCUGAACUUUUUAAAGGGAGUGAACACUCCAAAUGUAAGCAUGGACUUCCUGUGUGUGGACCACUGCAGUAAAAGCAGUUGUACAGAUGUAUAAACGCACUUGUCUUGACGUGAUCAGAAUAUCCUCGAUGGAGCAGUUCUUGUUCUUUUUCAGUGUGCAUUGUGCAUUUUCUUGAUUUGAGAACAUUUCACAAGACACAUUCACAAAGACAUCAAAGUUAAAUAUAUAAAUAUAUAUCUGAUGACAAUAAUGUGUCAGUAACAUUACGUGCUGUUGUGAUGUGCCCAUUAGAUAAUAAAAACUCUUAUUUUAAAA